AACUUUUCCGUCUGCAACCUUUAAUAAUUGAGAGGGUAUGCGCAACUCAGAAAAGUGCGCCCGCUGAGGUUGGGUGCAGAGUGGACUGGAGGAAAGGCGACACCCAUUUACGGUGCGGCCCCGGACGGGGUCCCCCGACACGGCCUUCCCGGCGUGCCACGCGCGGAGAGGACUCUUAACGUGAAGCGCUGGGUGACUCAGCCGCGUGGCCGCGCGGUCCGGGGCGGGGGGCGCGCGCCGCUGCGGCACAGCCGGUCCCGGCUGCGGCUUCUGGCUGCGCGGCCUGCGCGCGCCUCCCGGGCGGAUUCCAGCCCUGAGCGCGACAGCGCGGCGGGGAGCAACGAGAUUUCUCUCUGAUCAAACGGACAGUUCAGGACUCAGAAUCUAAGGAUGAAUGUUCACCGUGGCAGUGACAGUGACAGGUUAUUGCGGCAGGAGGCCAGCUGCUUAGUGGAUGAUACUUCAGCUGCAGCCCAAGAAAAAGAAGCAAAUAGCCUGGCUUCAUCUGGUCCUCAUAAUCUUACUUAUCCUCUAGGUCCCAGGAAUGAAGACCUCUCACUUGACUAUGCCUCUCAGCCAGCAAAUCUUCAGUUCCCUCACAUAAUGCCCCUUGCUGAAGACAUCAAAGGUUCUUGCUUCCAAAGUGGGAAUAAACGGAACCAUGAACCUUUUAUUGCUCCAGAAAGAUUUGGAAACAGUAGUGUGGGCUUUGGCAGUAAUUCCCAUUCCCAAGCACCAGAGAAAGUGACGCUUCUUGUAGAUGGCACACGUUUUGUUGUGAAUCCACAGAUUUUCACUGCUCAUCCGGAUACCAUGCUGGGAAGGAUGUUUGGACCAGGAAGAGAGUACAACUUCACUCGGCCCAAUGAGAAGGGAGAGUAUGAGAUUGCUGAAGGCAUCAGUGCAACUGUAUUUCGCACAGUGCUGGAUUAUUACAAAACCGGUAUCAUCAAUUGUCCUGAUGGCAUCUCUAUCCCAGAUCUUAGAGAUACUUGUGAUUAUCUCUGCAUUAAUUUUGACUUCAACACUAUCCGAUGUCAAGAUCUGAGUGCUUUACUCCAUGAACUGUCUAAUGACGGUGCUCAUAAGCAGUUUGAUCACUACCUCGAAGAGCUCAUCUUGCCCAUCAUGGUGGGCUGUGCCAAGAAAGGAGAACGAGAGUGCCACAUUGUUGUGCUGACGGAUGAGGAUUCUGUGGACUGGGAUGAAGACCACCCUCCACCAAUGGGGGAGGAAUAUUCCCAAAUUCUUUAUAGCUCCAAGCUCUACAGAUUCUUCAAAUAUAUUGAGAAUAGGGAUGUUGCAAAAACAGUGUUAAAGGAACGGGGCCUAAAAAACAUUCGCAUUGGAAUUGAAGGUUACCCUACCUGUAAAGAAAAAAUUAAGAGAAGGCCUGGCGGCCGGUCUGAAGUCAUCUAUAAUUAUGUACAACGCCCCUUCAUCCAGAUGUCAUGGGAAAAGGAAGAAGGGAAGAGUCGCCAUGUGGAUUUCCAGUGUGUUCGAAGCAAAUCCCUCACGAAUCUGGUAGCUGCUGGAGAUGAUGUCUUGGAGGACCAGGAGAUAUUAAUGCAUCACCCACCCCAAGUGGAUGAACUUGACCGGCUAAAUGCCCCACUUUCUCAGAUGGCUUCUAACGACUUUCAGGAUUAGGGCCAGCUGUGGGUCUACUCCUUGUUGGAGCCCAUCUCACCUGGGAUGCCUGCAGCCAGCCCUCCCUCGUGAUUUGUCUCACCUUGAGUAGGAGACAUGCCUCUCCCCUAUCCUUUUCCUUUCUGCCAUAAUUAACAUAUGUCCUUUUCAGUAAGUCCAUGCCUCUGGCAGGGGAUGAAGAAGUACUCACUGGUAAUUAGCUACCAUCUUUGCAGCAGCCCUGGUAACUUGAAAAAUUUGGGUCUGGUGCUGUUCAUUGAGUCUUUGUGUAACUGCAAAAGCAGGAAAGGAAGUCAAGACUCCUGUUGCCUCGUGUUUAGCAAAGCAGUCCUUAUCCUUUAUACUCUGUUCUUGGGUUUUGUUUUUGUCUUGUUUUAUACCAGGCAAAUUGCUUAGUAGCAAAGGGACCAAACUUAAAAGGUGACAAUCUCUAACUUCUAAAAGCAGACACCAAUCGGAUGCUCAUUAGAGGUUAAUGAAGAUGCCAUUCUUGGUGGCCUCUGCACCCAAAUUGCAUCUGGAAAGAACUAGGGUCUCGUUCAGAAUGUCCAAAAGGAAAUUCUUAAGAGCUUAAAUUCAGAUUUGUGUCUCAUUAAUGCAGUGAACAAUUCAAAACCACACAGAUUCCUUGGCAGGAAGGACAAUGGAAUAACAAUGUUGAUGAGACCUUUUUAGCUUCAAGGUUUCGGAGUCUAAACAAAUGGAUGAUUCAUUUGGAAUGAAACUCACAAUGCAAGUAGAAGGACCUCUCCAAAUCAGGCCAAUUGGGUUAUCCUGGCUUGGAAUCUGGUGUGAAACCAUAGGUCUUAACACUCUGGAGCAGCACAUUGCUGUGGAUAUGUCCAGGAGACCUUAGAUAUGGCUUAAAGGCUUUCAAGAUGAGGACAGAAAUUGCUUACAAUUGCUCAGUUUCUCAACAGAAAGACUCAUGAGUGCCAGCAUGGGGUACAUGGAGUGAAGCUGGGUGGGAAGCAUCAUCUGCACAGUCCCUGUCCUAGUGCAGGAUUUUUCUCUGUAUGUUUUCAUACCAUGGGAUUUUUGGAUAUCAGUGUAUUUUGGUUCUUGAAAUAGCCUAAUAGCUGCUCACACAUUGGGUAGGAAUAUUAUACCAAUGUCAUCCCCAAAGGGUGAGCUGAAUGGAAAUUAAGCCCAGUCAUUUUAUUUGAUCUAUUAGCUCUGUUAUCAGUGCAUGAUCACCCAGAUCACCCUCCUCAGCCCCCACAGUGCUGAACCAUCUUCCCUCCUGUUCUCCAUGGCUAUUAAUAGUAUAGCUAAAUUUAGAGUCCAGAGCCAGAUAUAAGUAUUUUGGGAUUAUCUCCCAGUUUGUGGUAGAAGCUGACUGGAAUACAGGUUGAGUAUCUCUUAUCCAAAAUGCUAGGGACCAGAAAGGUUUCAGAUUUUUUCAGAUUUUGGAAUACUUAACAGUUGAGCACUCCAAAUCUGAAAGGCUUCUGAACAUCAUGUCAGCACUCAAAAAAGUGGAUUUUGGAGCACUUCAGAUUUCGCAUUUUUGGAUUUGGGAUGCUCAUCCUGUGUAGGAGAGGCUACUCGAUUCCAUUUAAUGACUGUCCUAGUCAUAAUCAUCCAAAGAUAAAAGCCAGGUAGAUGUUGAAAGCUCUUUCCAGGGCUGAAAAAGUGUUCUUACAUUCUCUGCAUGUGACUAGCUAGCAUCACUGUGGAAAUUAAUGCUCUGUUCUUCACUAGAAUGUAGUAAGUGGUUAAAUUGAGCUAUCCCCCACCUGAUGACUAUUGGCAUCCAUUUGCAAGGCCAAUGGCCUGGAUUAAGGGUUAGGAUUAUUUGUAGCUAGAAGGUAAUUUUAUUUCUAUGAAACUAAUUGGCUCAUAUUUGAGGUCAGGUUUGGCCUUGACCUUACCAGUACAUUUAUACCCACUACCAGUUGACUAGCCCAGAUAAUUGUUAAAUGGUGCUUCUUUUCUGCUUCUCAGUAGACUUCCAUGCCAUUACAAAGGAAAUUUGAAUUACCUAGUGUUUGUAUAUUCCAUGAUAAGUAUGUAUAACUUCUGUUACACAGCUUAUGUAUUGUUAACAUUUAAGUGUAAACCAUGCCACAGCUAACACUUAAAAAUGAAAACUAAUUCGUUCUUGCUUAGGGAAAAUGCCAGGUAUGAAGUAUGGCAUACACUUGACACUGUCCUGUGUAACCCUUUACUUUGCUCAGGCUUUCAAGAUUGAGUCUUUUUCCCCCAAAUUAGGUUAACAUGCAUUUGACCCCAACCUGUGGGGUUUGAGUAAGCUGGAAAUCUGUGACGGUAGGCUUUCUAGUGUCACGAGGUGGUGGUGACUGAAGGAAAAGCCGGGAUCACAGGUUCCUUCUGAUGGAGAGGAAGGUUUAUUUCUAUGCCCCUCCCACCACCCUCCACCUAGAGCUCACCCAAGCCUGCUCCAGUCCCAGGGGCAGGCCAUUCUGCAAAAGCAGGACCUCACAGAAACAAGGGCUGGGUUGAGGUCACCCCCUUCAGAGUUGGUUCCUGGCCAGAUGGGUAAGAGGCAUUUGUAAUUUUAAAAACGUGGAACUUGGGUUUGGUGUUUUCUUCUAAGUGCCUAAAUAAGCAAGCCAGGCUGUUGAUAUUUUAGCCAGAGAAAUCGGCAAGCCAAGAUUAACCCGAAUCUGAAGUUUAGAAUCUUGAGUUUGCAUCUGCAUCAUAUCAUGCUGUUUUGAUGAGGAAACAUUUGCCACUGAGGAGUUGGAGGGAGGGCAAGACGACAGUGUUAAGUCAGAUCAUUUAAUGGUUUCCCCUAAGCCCUGGAAAAAUAUUUGAAAGAAUGGCAGCAAAAAGGUUAAGAAAGCAAGCCAGAUUUACUGCACAAUAUGCAGUACCCAGUACUACUUUAAAUCCCAAGAGAACAGUGUGAUGUCUAAUAUAUACAGGUCUAUGAAAAUACUGUGGAAUAAGCCCAGGAAGGUUAGAUGUGUUUGCAAAUAAGUGUCCCAAAGGGUCCCCCUCUAAGUAAAAUAAAUAUUCAGACCACAGGCUUUAAUGUAAACUGUCAAAAAGUGGGAUGUGAAGGAUUUUUGUUAAGUGUCAAUUGAAGUUAAAAAGCAAGGGUUUUUGGCCAGGCGUGGUGGCUCACGCCUGUAAUCCCAGCACUUUGGGAGGCCGAGGCCGGCAAAUCACCUAAGGUCAGGAGUUCGAGACCAGCCUGGCCAACAUGGUGAAACCCCGUCUCUACUAAAAAUACAAAAAAAUUAGCCCGGUGUGGUGGCGAGUGCCUGUAGUCCCAGCUACUUGGGAGGCUGAGGCAGGAGAAUUGCUUGAACCCGGGAGGUAGAGGUUGCAGUGAGCCACGAUCAUGCCACUGCACUCCAGCCUGGGCAACAGAGCAAGACUCCAUCUCAAAAAAGAAAAAAAAAAAUUAAAGGUUUUGGCUGGGUGCAGUGGCUCAUGCCGGUAAUCCCAGCACUUUGGGAGGCUAAGGUGGGAGGAUCACUUGAGGUCAGGAGUUUGAGACUGGCCUGGGCAACGUAAAAAAUUUAAAAAAUAGCCAGGCAUGGACAUGGUAGUGCAUACCUGUGGUCCCAGCCACUCAAGAGGCUGAGACAGGAUGAUUGCUUGAGCCCAGGAGGAUGAGGCUGCAGUGAGCCAUGAUGACGCUACUGCACUCCAGCCUGGAUGACAGAGCAAGACCCUGUCUCAAUAUUUUAAGUCAAGGGUUUGUAGUAAUGUAUUCAGUGCCACUUCUUGCCAUCACUUUGCAAUUAUUGAAAUGGGAAUACUGAGCUCAGAAAGCAAAUAUGAUGCUUUCAUGGGAGAUGGAGCCACAUUUGUGUUCUGGGUGGGAUCUCUAGUGCAGGAGAACAUUACAUUUUCUUCUGAAGGCAAAAUGCUUGUAGGUUUUGCCUCUACUUUGUAUUUACUUUUAAAAUUGCACUUGUUCACCUACCAGUGUUUACGAAAUCCUGUAUUUGGGAUGCUUUUUCUAUAAUAAAAUAUUAUAAUUUGUG